GAAAGUAAAUAUCAUGACGGACUUCGUGGACGCAGAGAUUUUCUUAAUCGAUGGCGACUCGUUGCUACUGGAUCUUCUUGGAGAUUGGAGCUUGGACUGGAGAAAUGGAGGGCAGUUCCUCCAUCUGAUCUAUCUAGUGGAACGAUUUUUGCAGUAUUUUACAGAUAAAGGUUAGUUCGGCCGAAUUAUAUCAUGAAAACAAAGAUUGUUAACGCAGUUUCGCUUACAAAAAAGACUAAGUUAGUGCUGUCUUAUGUGGGGAGUCAACGUAUACUAACUGUUUCCUUGCGUCGGUAUUCAGGGCGGAAAAACGUUCUGCGCAAGCUUCUGCGCAUCCCUUAUCGCAGGCUCAAGGUGGGCUUCUCUGUGUGUUGACUGGUUGCUGGAGUUCUGAGUGAAAUGCACGAGGUGCGAACGUUUGCUCCCUGUAAAGCAUUUUUAUUUGACAUGUUUGCUUUUUUUUCGUCGCUUGAAAAUUACUUUGGAUUCAGAACAACCAAUGUUAAAGGNGGACGCAGAGAUUUUCUUAAUCGAUGGCGACUCGUUGCUACUGGAUCUUCUUGGAGAUUGGAGCUUGGACUGGAGAAAUGGAGGGCAGUUCCUCCAUCUGAUCUAUCUAGUGGAACGAUUUUUGCAGUAUUUUACAGAUAAAGGUUAGUUCGGCCGAAUUAUAUCAUGAAAACAAAGAUUGUUAACGCAGUUUCGCUUACAAAAAAGACUAAGUUAGUGCUGUCUUAUGUGGGGAGUCAACGUAUACUAACUGUUUCCUUGCGUCGGUAUUCAGGGCGGAAAAACGUUCUGCGCAAGCUUCUGCGCAUCCCUUAUCGCAGGCUCAAGGUGGGCUUCUCUGUGUGUUGACUGGUUGCUGGAGUUCUGAGUGAAAUGCACGAGGUGCGAACGUUUGCUCCCUGUAAAGCAUUUUUAUUUGACAUGUUUGCUUUUUUUUCGUCGCUUGAAAAUUACUUUGGAUUCAGAACAACCAAUGUUAAAGGAAAAACGGAUCAUUCCGUCAGUCUGAGGUGGAAUAAAAGGUCUGAACAUUUCUUAAGAGGCGAGUAUUUUUCUGAUUGUGCAUCCGAUUGAUUUAUGAGUUGAUUUCGCGGGGUUGAAUUAAAACCCGCAUGUAUUCUGUUAUUAGUAGUUACGGUUACUUUUUUUACAUGCCCAGAUUUAUUACCUUUGCAGAACCAGCUUUAUCUUUGUCUUCAGUCAAAAACCCAUAUUGCUGUUAAAACGCAUUAGAAUGAACAAACUUGUGCGCUUAUUAAACUUUCUCGGAAAUAGAAGGCUAGCAAGCUUACUCAAGAUCAUUUUUCUGUUGCUCAAGUAAUAGUAGUCAGAGUUUUUUCAUUUUUCAUUACAUAGUUUUGUUUUCCAGUGCACUGUGAAAGUUUCUGUUCUUUAUAAAGAAUAACUUUCCGUACGCAAAUUGUCCUUUUUACUCGCUGUGAAGUAGAGAACGACAACUGCCGACAGUGACUUCAAAACAAUUGACUCUUUUCCCGUAAACAAUUGCUGCAGCUUGAUAUGACUGAGGCGAGCAAAACAAACCGUUAUGUGCAAUCUUCUGUAUUUUCUAAUUAUCGGCUGAGUUUAAUUUGCUUAAACGAAGACCCUAGCAUGGACCAGUUAAGCGUAUUGAAAACAGCUAAAUGGUGAAUCAUGGCUUGGCUGCCAAGUUGCAACUGAUCUUUUGCUUUUAAGAUCUUUAGGUAGGUUGUUUUCGCACAAAAAAUUCAUUUCUUCAUUGUCAGCAACAAGUUUUUGAAAUAAUGUAGCUUUAACUUCGUUUGAAGGAAUCCUUCUUACUUGUAGGUUUUUGGCAGAUGUUAUGCGUGUUCAACUUGACAACACAAAGCAAAAUUUAUAUAUCUGCGUGAAACGAUCAAGUUUAAAAAAACGAUAUAGUUGCUUUGAAACCGAUUUUUGGGAAGAUUUUACUAGAUAAAGAUUGACCUUCUUUCUGCUCACAUAUCAACGCAAUAACUUCUACAUUGAGGAUUUUGUUUAUAUUUUAGUGAUCUGCGAAACUACGAGUGUCCGAUCGAGCGAGGGUUUUAAAAUAUCANAUUGACCUUCUUUCUGCUCACAUAUCAACGCAAUAACUUCUACAUUGAGGAUUUUGUUUAUAUUUUAGUGAUCUGCGAAACUACGAGUGUCCGAUCGAGCGAGGGUUUUAAAAUAUCAGCUCGAGUUCGACAAAGUUCAGUGACUUCAAACACAUUGUGGGCAAGCGUUAUUUUUUUGGGGCAAAUCACUGUCCAAAGAUAUGUUGUUUUUGUGUCCACAGUGGAGCUCCGGACCUUAUAUAUCCAGAAACUUUCUUAUAUGAACACAUUUUGUGAAUGCAUCUUGAAAAAAAUGGGACCUACGCAUGCACAUUUCCAGUACAACGCAAGGAAAUUAAUGUCGUUAAAGUCCGUUUUACUAUGAGGUAUUCUUCGAGAAAAUUAUGUAACGAUAAGGUUAUAACCACAGCUUGCAACUUUUGAAGACAAAUUGCCUGUUCUUUCCAGGUUAUGAGUGGAAACAUUUUAUUUUUAGGCAAGAAAAUAUUUGAAAUCCCGCCAUUUUUUCAAACCCGGCCAGGGGAUCUGGGCAAAAAAGUUCACGCAUGCUCAUUACGUUUUUCCGCCCUGAAGCGUCGGUACGUCCCACGACUGGUGCGAUAAGUAUCACCUUUGGCCACGAUGGCCCUUGCACACAAUGUAGUUUCGCUCCAUACAGGAAACAUUGAGACAUAUUUAUGCGAUUAACAGAUAAGUAUUGUUUCUGGCUACGGUGGCACUUUCACGCAAGGUUGUUUUGUUCCAUACAGAAAAAAAUAUACAUUAACUAACCUGGUUUAUUUUAAUUAGGGGGCGUUUUCCACAUCGUCUUCUUUAAGGACAUGGAGUUUAUUUGGACCAGCCAGCCGUCUAUGCUGUUGGCUCGCCAAGCCCUUAUUCUGCACCUUCAGUACAAUACAAGAUUCACCGUUGUGACUUCAAUCAACAAUUUCUGGGAAAAGCAGUGGAAAGAUCAUGUUGAUGACAAAGUUCCCGCUUUUCUGUUGCUAACAGAUGCAGAGAAAAUUCCUUGGAAAGCCACUGAAGUGAAAAGGCGCGAAUUUCAGUUUUUCUUCAGAAGUCUUCUGCUUCUUAGUUUAGGACAGGGGUUGAACUGUGUGUUUAUUGCCGGUGUUACCAUGACUGCAACUAAAGUGAUGGGAUAUUACAUGGAGUCUUUAGCAACAUAUAAAGCCCACUUCAGAAAGGUAAUUCACCAUAACUUGCCUUUAACAUUAAGAUGUUGGUAACACUUCCAUGAACAGAAAUCUCUCUUUAACUGUUUGUUCAGCGUGAUCAAAAGUGAUAUGAAUCAACUCGCAAUCAGUAGUGAACAAGUGGUGUUCUUUUUCAUGACGAAAUAGUUUACUUUUGCUUAAUUCUGUUUAAAAAACCCUUGAGAUUAAGCUUUAAGCUCUUCUAAUUAAAAAAAGCUCUUGGAUCUCAUCUGAAAGGUUUUUUAAAAUGUGGGAAAUACAUGUAGUGUGGAGCAACCUUAAAUUUAGAGGAUAUAAGGGGGCUCCUAACCGCAUCCCACCUGUUGGAGAUCGUUUAGCACAGUGGCGUUUAAUAAGCAACCCUGCGAACAGAGCCUCCCUUUGUCUUCCACUUGAUCCUGGCAGCAUGCAACGCAUGCUGAACAAAGAUCUUACUCGGUUCGUGCACAGUCUUUCUCGAGUACGCCUAAAUCGAGUAAGCGAAAGAAAGGCUUUCCUGGAAGGUAGUUGAUAAGCUUGAAAUCUGUUUAACUUAGCACAGAGGUGGAUGUAAAGGGUUACUAAAACAAAAAUCAUUCGUCAAUCAGUCAGUUACUAAGCAGAUCGAGAGUCAGGCCUUAAAUUAUUCCAUGCAGGUGAAAAAAAUAGUACAUGAUAAAGAUUGGUGGUAUACAAUCAACUGAUCGAACCUGACGAGAUGCAACUCACCUUGAUCUUGACUCUGAAGAUGACUACCACACAGGUUGUCGAAACGUCAGUCACCGUCAACAACAGUUCUAUUUAACAAUCGGUCGGUAUAAAACGCAGACUGCGGACCAGAGGUAAAAUGCAGACUGAGAGUAAAAUGAAGACUGCAGAAUGAGAGUAAAGCGCGGGCAGGGUGCAAAAUGCAAACCAAGCAUAUACUGUAGUCGCGGAAGGGUUUAAGGGCAAAAAUAUCCUGCAAAUACAUGUAAACGAUCACUUACUUGACAUCUGCUUUCACAAAUCUAUUCCUUUCUUCUCUGGAACGUCAUCGACGACCCGAAAACAUAUUUGCAAUCUUGAACCUUUUUCCGUCCGAGAGACCUCACGCUCCAAAUUCAAGCGCGAAGUUUUCGAUACACAUGACCGUGAAUUGGUACCACACCACGAUGUUUACGCUUAAAAAAAGCUGCUGACAAAAAAUACUGUAAAGAAGGAAUAAUGAUGAUAAAAAGGGGAGGAAAUCAUUCCUCAACAAAGAAAGAUGUUCUGCAGGGAAUUUGGAAGACCUUUUAUGAAAGUAUUGCAAAUCAUGGUACGCAGACUUUAGCUGUUCGGAUGUUCAUGGUCACUUCUGGCGAAUGUGCAUCUCACUGAACAACAAGUGACUGUACACUGUAGACAAUAAAUCAAUAGAAUGCGAGGUUCACUUCAAAUAUACCUGCAACUUGUCGUUCUCCAUGUUAGUAUCUGCCGCGCCGAAUGCCUAAGAUGCCAAGUUGGUAUAAUAAAUGGUUUACACAUUACAUGCGUCUCACAUGUGUCCCUUGUCAAUCUCGUUUCCCGUUCUGCUGGACAAAGGUAACGCGGGUAACGCAGACUCUGGGUUACAGGAAAAAAAAUCGACUUCCUCAUUGUUUCCUGAUUGUAGUUUCUCUUAUUUUCCCCCAGUGUGCUUCUAAGAUUUCUUUCUUUAUUUUACCCCCAGCCGGCGUUUUACUCUCGGUCUGCGGUCUGCAUUUUACCCCUGGUCCGCAGUGUGCGUUUUACACUGACUGGUUUAACGAUCACCCGGACGAUCAUAUCCCACUAACGUAUGACAUGACUCCUGGGUUAAAACCAUUUACUUUGUUACAGACAAAAAAAACUUAAUGAAUUUGCUUGCUUUGACAGCUCUUGAGGCCUUGCAGGAUAACUUGGACUGCUGUAAUGCGAAGCAUGCGUAACAGAGCCUUCAGCGAUAACAUUAAGGCUCCAGAAAGUUCUUUAUCAAGACAGGUAUGAACAGCAACAGUAACAAAAAUAUUAAUUAAAAGAAAAAAAACAGAGCGCACAUCGGCUUGCCCUAGAAGCGUUAAGAAGUUAGAGUUGGUCGUAAUGAGUUGAAACUCUUGCAGAGUACACAAGAUACAUGAAGUCUUUGGAUGAGUACGCACGUAAAAUCUGCAAGCGUUUUAACAGUUAUGACCAGGAAUAUAUAGGUUUUCAGAUAACUAGAGAAACAUGGUAAGUGAAACAUAUUCUGUAUAAAAUUGCCUUGUAUCAUUUAACACGAAGGUUGUUGCUCUAUAUUGUAGUGCGACCUAAAAGAAAAAGUGUAUUCUACUCUUCAAGAUCAAGGAGGAUGCCGUGAGGUGGUAACGGUACUUUGCUGUGAAAUUAUCCUGAGAAAAAUUCUGAGUAACCCGGCUCACAACAGCAAGGUGAGUAAGUUGCGUGGGUUAAUAGCCUUGACCCUUCUGAAGUAUCGAAAAAUUGUAUAACCGCAAACCCGCUCAGUUCUUACGCACCCCGGGCAAUGAAAUAUGCAUAUGGCUAAAAGAAGGAACUGGAUAUCCCUCUGUCUGAUCAUUCUUGUCUAUUACAUUAACGACUGAUUCCAACAAUCCUCAAGUAAAUUCGCUACAGGCCUCUAUUAAAGUCGGUUUCGAUCCAUAUCGUAAUGAGAUAAUAAGGAUUUUUGAUUACCAUCUGGAAGAGCCAGAUUCUCCACUCCCUCCGAACCCCCCCCCCCCCCCCAAAAAAACAAAAAACAAAAAAAAUAAACAAAACAAGAAGGGAGUGGAUAUAGAGAAAUUAUAAGAUAAAGUUCUCUUUAAUUCGGUGUGUCCAUCACUUCGUCAUAAGACAAAAAGAACUUUUUUCUCAACCCCGUGGAGGCCAAAAAACCCCCCCCCCCCCCCCCCCCCCCCCCCCCCAAAAAAAAAAAAGGAAGAAAGAAAGGAAAAGAAACUACAGAGGGUGUUUUACGCAAUAAUUGACGGGCUCAUGUUUAACGACAGUUACAGCUUUACGGCCAGUGGUUGUUCCAAAGAUGAGAAUGAACGUGUGAAGAAUUCUUAUUAAGAUCAAUUUGGUACUGGUCCAUAUAAAGUUUCACUUUUAUGACGUUUAGGUCGUGUGGUGUCUUGGCGGAAAAAUGUGGACAUGGAGUUACACACUGUAAUUUACGGUUCAAUGAUUUUGUGUAACAGGACACAGUGAAAACUGCGGAAGAUAAAAUCAAGCUUUUCCUGCUUCACUCUUUAUUGCUAAAGAAACUGCCGUUGAAGUACAGAGCUCAUACCAUAAACGACCAUUUGUCAACUAGACUCUGCAAAGAAGAGAAUGGUCAAUUUUACCCUCUCGACGAGGUAGGUAAGACGUAACUGAGGUAGGAGGCUCAGUCUAUUGUGUCUCUGCUGUAGGUACGCACUGUAUUCAAAAUCGAUAACUGUUUAAAAUAGGACGAAUCUAUAACCUGAGUAAAACAUCAUGCGAUGUGGAUGGGUAAUUUGGUGCUGAUAUUUAAAUGGUGUAAAAACGCCAUACUAGAGAUUGAACUUUCGUCAUGACGAGAAUUGAACUCGAAACCACCGAAGCCUGACGCCUAUACCACAAUGCUACCUCGCCCGGGGAGGGGGGUACUUCCUUGUAAUAGGCUAAUGGGGACUUCCCGCUGGACGGGGGUCGCAUUUUCACGACUGGAUUGACUAUAAUGGGGUUGCAUUUUCAAUAGGGGUAGUAGAAUGACCUGGGUCGUACAUUCUCGGAAUUUUGGGGAAAGAAACUUCUGGUUAGUAGGGCCAAAAUGGGAAGAUUCGAGGUUAGAAAGUUGUCACCAUCUUUUGUGUAAAGUGACUAAGUUGGGAUCGCGAAAAUUCCUUUUGCCCAAAACUGACUAAGAUGGGGUCUAUAAUUGGCCACAGAAUAGACUGUAAUGGAGUAGUGGUUCUGGGCACAUACGUAGCAAAAAUGGACCCGAGAUUCCCCCGGUUACCUCGUUGAAUUUCGUUGUUCUUACACUUCUUUAACAGAUACAUAAAUGCCUGUGGAAGAUUUUAAAGACCAUACAGGAUGAGUACCCUUCUAUGAAGGAUGCUGGCCAUUCACUGGAUAUGACUUCAGUGGCUGAUCUUAUGGACGGUAGACUUGUCUAUACUCUCCUUUCCAUGGCCUUGGAGCUGAAAGGAAUUGAAGGUUCCAAAUAAAUUAACCAAACUCUUUCCUAUUUUAUGAUUAUUCUGCCAGUUUCCUCCCUUCCACUCGUUCUCAUUUGGUUACUGAAUUUAAUCAUCUGCGAUUCCUCUCAGCGGAAAGUUUACCGGAAGAAGUGAUAGAAGAGGGAGAACGUGCAUGGGGUAAAGUUGUUGCUGCUGUGAAAAGCACUUCCACUCAACACUCUGACGUUUUGUCCCCUCAUUUUCUUCCUUUUGGGGUCGACAUUGGAAAGGAGCUUCAUAAAACGAGGGAAGGUGAGAGUAGAGUUUAAUUGAAACCAAAUUAGGCUUGUGUGGCCUCAGUUAUCACUGGUACUAAUUAACGAUAUCGAGACCGCUUGUUUUUUUCGUGCAGUAUUUUUGUGCGCACACUGUUAUUCCUUUUGUGAGGGUGGCGGCAAAAGGAAUCUCAUUAGUUUUGUUCUGGGCUCCUUCGUAAACUGCAUAAUAUUCUCUGUUAGAAAUACAUCAUUGUCCAUAAUAUCAUUCUUAUGCCUUAUCUCAUGAACAGAAUCUCGGGAACUCGAAUGUGGCUAUUAUCACCUACGACAUGAUCAUUUGCAUUAAAACAAGGUUUUAAUCUUAGCCAGCAUGCCCCCAUCUUUUAAGAUCAUCGUUGCUGGUCCUGUUUGAACUCACGAACCGCGCCGCUCAUGAUCAGUUGGAAGCGCGCCGGUCUGCUGAGAUUAGCGAGCAGCGAUUAAACAAGAGGCCUAUAAGCGCAUGACGUGGACGCGUGGCGUCCUGUACGUUUCUAAGACAGUAUCAAAACUCGCUCUUGGAGUUGCCAGAUGUUUGCUUUAAAAAAUAAAACCUAUAAAUAGUUCAAUUCUUGGAAUGGCUUAUUCACAAAUCUGAAUUUUAUUCCCACACUUGUAAAGGACGUUAAACAAUCCCAUUACAUCAAGGUCUGUAAAACCAAGCGAAUUUAGUAAGGUUUUGUUUUUUUUUUUUUCAUCUGUUUUUAGAAGAAUGUGUGGAAUCAGAAACUUGCGUGAAACUUACUAAGCUCCUUGAAGUGGAAAAUGCUCUAGUGACAGAAUAUGCUGGCGACAUCCGGUCAAAGAUUAACGCCACAGCUGGGUAGGUAUAAUGGCGAUUUAAAUUACAUGUUCUACGAACAAGAAUUAAAGAACACAUCCAUACCUCAACCGCCCCGCGUAACCAACUCUGUAAAACAAAUUCUCCUUUUCCAGUUGUGACGCAAUCAAUCUCAGUUUUAAACAAUUUUAUUCGACGCCAAACUAGAUCCUAAUAAAGAUGAGCAGUCAAGCAGGCUAGAGAAAACACAAAAAAAAAACACUUUCAUGUAACUUUGGCCAGAAAAUUUCACAUAAAAUCUCAGUUGUCCUACUUCCCUCUUAGACUACCAAAAAACAAUGUUACGUUCCUUCAGCUUAUCGCAAAUGUUUUCCCAUCGAAAUGAAACCUUGUAAAUGCCUAGCAAAAGAAAAAAUACGAGAAGAAAAUAGAAAAAUAAGUUUGGGGAAAGAAAGCGAAAGGUAGAAGCCGUCAGGGGGCAAUAAAACGUUUUCACCAAAUUUUCGCAACUUUGUCCUCUGUGCAUGCUCCAACUUCGAAAGCUGUAACGUUUUGGCCAGGUUUUGUUCUUUUUAACCAGAUAGUGACCAGAAAGCUUUUCCACUAUCAUUUCUAGGGGCAAGUGGGUUAUAUAUGACUGCGAACGCAUUAGCUGCUAAGUUCUACGAAGUGUUAAGGAGGUAUAUUCCUUGUACUUUUCAGAGACGAAAUAGACGACACAGUUUUCAGCGAUGGUCGUGCGUUGAUGAACUGUACCACUGGCACUCGCUUAGACCACUUUCAGAUGAUUAUGACAGGAGUAAACAAGACUUCAGAGGUAAGUUUCUGAGUGAAAAGCUUUUUUCUUACUAGGAAAGAGGUGGCUCUUCUACACAAAUGAAGUUUUCUUUCUUUUCUAUUCUGUAAGGGGUAUUGGAACCCUUUAACUUUCCGUUCUAAAGAUUUAGUAAAUAAUACUUGUCUUUCACAAUAAAAGCAUUUUUCUGAACUAAAGCUCGUUAAAGAAAAAAAAUAAACAUGUUUUUGGUUAUAGAAUUAAUACGGGUUUGCUCCACUAGGCAAGUCGGUAGGUGAAAACUUAUUGCACGGCGAGUAGACGCGUUCAUUGAUAUACCUAGACUGCUAGCAGUUUCUUAUUUUUCUUUUGAGGCACGGAAGAAUGCGUUUUGCAUUAUUUUACCUUUUCGCUCGCCGGGCGUGGCUCUGAGGAAAGAAGGACGACCGCUCGCGUUCUAUGAUUUACCUUGUGUUACUAAGAAGGCUACGUGGCACUUGCAUCUCGGUUAGCGGCAUCAAUAAAGCCGUCAUUCCUUUGCAAGGUUUGAAAUAUGGAAAGUCUAAUAGGUGUUGAAUCAGGUAGUUAUCAAGUACGUAUUUUGAGCCCCCGUCUCUCUCUCUCUCUCUUUCCUCACGGCUGGGCAGGACUCAUCCUGGCGGUUGCCCUGGGGAAUAGUGACAGUUACUCUGUUAGCAGAACUUUUGACCGGUUCGCUAAGCGGUAUGCAAUAAACUGACAGAUCGCUCAUGAACUGAAUAUGUGCACUUGCUCUAUUGGACUGAAUCGGCUCACAUAUCUCAUUUUAAUUUCAGAAAAACCUCCGGAAGAUCCAAAGGAACGAUUUCUAUAUAAUAGAAGUAGGCAGAAAUUCGCGCGCUUUAACAGGCUUUAUGGAAAUUCGCUUACCGGUGGUGAGGAGUGUGCUAAAAUAAUCACAGUCACUGAAACUGAUACCAAGAAGAAAAAAAGAAAGAAAAAAGACGGAAAAAAGGUUAGUCAUCAACACAAGUCAAAAACGAAACCAAGUUUCAGACACAGAUACGCUAUAAGAGGAACAUCAUCUAAUUUUCGUUUCAUCUGUUCGUGCGGAAGGUGAAAGGUCUGUAUAACUCUUGCAUUGGUGCAGGAAUAAUUGCUUCCGAAAACCCCUCGUAACGUUAUCAAGUGACAUAACCAACUGCCAGGGCAGGCAAUUGCAAUUGUUUUUCACGUCUCUGACUACUCGUCUUCAUUCUCUAUUUUCUAAUUCCCCAUAAUACACACUGUUUGCCCCCCAAAUUUUGCAUAAACCAUUGUUUUUAAAUGCUCCUGGGAGUAUUGCAUUUUCCCAAGAGCAUUUUAAGACAAUAAGUUAUGCAAAAUUUGGGGGGCAGACAGAGUGUAUUAUGGGGAAUUGGAAAAUAGUCAAUGGUACAUGUCAUGAAGCAGUACAAAUACCAUCAUCUUAAUGCUCCACUUUUUCCACUACAAUGCUCGGUAUCCCUUCCCCCCCCCCCCCUAAAAAAGUCAGUUUAAAUGCUUGAUAUCCGAUAUACAUGUGAUACAUCCGAUAGAAAUAACAAGUGGUGUAACCAUAACAUAUACAAGUUAAAGGUUCAAUACAGAAAAAAAUAAUCCUAUUCACGACUUUAUUACGGUGGCCUCGGUUUCUUUUUAAAAAUAUAUAUAUAUUUUUUACAUACUCUGACGAAAAAUAUUUUGCGCGGAAAAAUCAACUUAAAUGCCUCGCUAAAAUGCUAAUAAAGACUAGCUUACAACGUAAAAUGACCUUAAAAAAACCUACAAAAAAGCAUUCGAAUGAGUCAUGGAACUGGUUCGUUAAAAGUAACAUCCCAGGGGCUCUCUCGCCCGUUCUUGAAAACUUUUAGCACCGUUUUUCCCUACCCGACUGAGCCCCCCUGAGUCUCCGAGGAUGAAUUUCAGUAUCCAAGCACAGAUUUUGGACUUCGGGGAGGCGGGGAUUAGGUGGAUUUGGAAAAUUGUGGUUAUCUCUGGAAAAAUCGUGGCAACGCCCCUGCUUUAUCUGGACGAGUUAAGUACGGGCACAAUUACCGCAGACAAAGUCGACAAGGUGAACGAGGGAGCCCCUGGCGGGCACUUACUCAUACUGAUCCAGUAUUAAAAGCAUUUGUAAUCCCCGCUUCUGAUUGAACAGAAAAAAUUUUCUGGCCAGUCAGAAUCAGACUGCCCGGCGGGGGGGGGGGAAAGCGGGCUCCCGUUCAUCUGCUAAACUUUGUCUGCACCAAAAGUUAUCAGUUUCCCCUAUCCCUUCGUGGAUCUGCCAGAAUGGCACUUUUUCUGCAGUAUUCGCACUGUUUUGUGAUAUAUCUGAAAUAGUACAAAUAGUAACUCAUAUUACAGGGAGGCGCAUUUAAGUGAAUCCGAUAAUGUUCCUGUACAAGAUUAUUAAGUUAUAACAAAAUGCAUAACCUAUGUAUCCAAGUUAAAAAGACCCGUGUGGGACUGCGAUGCUUGUUUCACCAGUAAUGUUGUCACUUUUUUGAUGAAAGAUAAUUGAUAAUAAUUGUCAUUUGAAAACUCAUUGACAAAAGAAGCACUGACAUUUGGUUUACCACCUUUUUACAGGGCAAAAAAGCAGUAAAGAUAAUCGAGGAAAUUGACAGAAAACGCAGAGGUAAGCACAAGUGCCUGAGGCAGAUCUUUGAAAGAUGCAAAAUUUAGGAGCUAUGUCAUAUCAUUUAACCACAUCUGGGUUAUGCAUCCGCCAUUUUUUCUUUUUCGCAUACACGCUACUCAGAACUUUAUUGGGUUUGCCACAGGCAGCCCAAAAAUAUGCUCGGUUAUUUCAGAUUACUUCUUGUUACUUUUUUAAAAGUUCCUUUCCCUCAUGACCUGAAUGAUAAACAUGGUUAGUUUCUGACAUAUCAGGCUUACGUUGUUGUGUUUUUUAAUGACUUCACUGAGAGUAAAAAAAAGGUGCUUGUGAAUACGUAAAAAAGACAAACUGAGAGACCCAUCGAGUUUAAAAAUUGUGGCGCGGAUGGCCCACAAUAGCAUCCGCAUUUCUUGUUGUAAAUUUUUUUGUUGAAUUCUAUGUUUUGUUGAUGUUGUUUGCGAUGUCUGUUUUUCAUGGAUAGGAACUUUGUCUUUAAGCUUGCCUAAUUCUUUUUUGUGUGCGUUGCAAAUACUGAAUUGUUCAUCAAUUUACAGGACGUAAGCAGGAGAAAGACCAAGAUAAAUGGACACAUGUCCUUUCGGAGAUUGACAGAAGCCUGAAGACAGAUAACUACACUGCUGCCUUACAGUUGGUUGACAAAUUUUUGACAGAUUGUAAAACCCCUGAGUUGCAACUUAAAGCGCUUAUGAAAAAAGCGCAGGUUUGCCUGGACGCCUGGCAAGAUACACGUAAGUUCCUUUCGACACCCUUUCAUUCUUUUUUUUCAUGUUUGCGUUUCUCUCUUAAAUCUUUCUCCAUUUUCCCCUUUACUUAAUGUGAUUAAUCGUAAGAAUCUCAACCUGGCGUAAUGGCAUUUAGAGGUGCAAAACAGCAGCCUUCGGUCACAUGUAUUUUGCUUACGCUUAUAUUUCAAUUCAAAUCACUGCACCAACUGACGGGCACUGAGCUUGAUGAUGGCCAAACCUUUGUUGAUUUUUCAGGACGUACCCUUUAUCGGCUAGCCAUUACCUGUGGGUGACUUAUUAUACAGAACAGAUUUUGCAACUAUUUUCGUAGCAGAGAUGCUGCAGAGUUAAGUGAAUCCAAAUUUUGUUACUUUGGUAUUCCAGGCUCCCGUGACUCCAAUUCAAAUGACAUGAAAUAUCCAGUUCUUCUCAUGGAAAGCGUCCAGAAAAUAACAGAAGGAUUUGAAAGCCUUCUCACCGACAGAAACAAGAAGAAACUGGCAGGAUACAUGCAAAAACUUGGAUUUGAAGACAUCUCAGCCAUGUUUUACAAGCUUAAUCCAGAAACUGGCAGAGAGGUUGUGAAUCAAUUGUCUUCUGCACUUUUACCACCCACACCCCUUAAAAAACAAUACCUUGGAAAGUACUGCCGACCAAAAGAUUUGGUCAACAGAUCAGAUGAAGUUGCUUAUUUCCACUGUUUUUUUUUGUGUGUGUGUGUGUGUGUGUGUGUGUUUUUGUUUGUUUUUCGUUUUUUUUUUAAACUACUGUUNAGAAAAUAACAGAAGGAUUUGAAAGCCUUCUCACCGACAGAAACAAGAAGAAACUGGCAGGAUACAUGCAAAAACUUGGAUUUGAAGACAUCUCAGCCAUGUUUUACAAGCUUAAUCCAGAAACUGGCAGAGAGGUUGUGAAUCAAUUGUCUUCUGCACUUUUACCACCCACACCCCUUAAAAAACAAUACCUUGGAAAGUACUGCCGACCAAAAGAUUUGGUCAACAGAUCAGAUGAAGUUGCUUAUUUCCACUGUUUUUUUUUGUGUGUGUGUGUGUGUGUGUGUGUGUUUUUGUUUGUUUUUCGUUUUUUUUUUAAACUACUGUUAUUGUUUUUUUUAAUCACGAAUUUGACUUGCACAAUAUUAUUUUUUUAGGAAGAACUUUAGUGCUUUAUGUAUUUUGAAACUGAACGAGUUCUUAUCAUCUAGACUGGGCAGCUAUCACUUAAAGAAACAAGCGCGAGAUUCCAACUAGAACACAUGGGACAUUUGCUGAAAAGGGAAGAGCGGACUGAUCCUGACAGUCGGGUAGACAACUUCAUUCCUGACACGUGGCAGGUGUGUAAAAAGUUCAGUUUGCGGAUAAUACAUACUUACAGAUUUGGUUUGAGCAAGGUACGCCGUGAGGUAAGGUUAGGUCAUACACGUCGGCUCAAAGCUAUCUAUUUUAAACCUUCUCUGGUCAAUCAAGUGUUGCUUGCUACAUGAAUGGUUGUUUGACUGAAUGACUAUCCUGGAGAAUGGCUCGAAUCUGGCUAGCUGAUAUGAUUCAAAGGGUGUGAGCGUACGCGUUUCACAUCGGUGUUAUUUUUUUGUUUUUUCGCCAGAUGUAAUUGAAAAUAUCCAUCCUAAUUUUAGUUAAGAAUUAUCGAUGCAGCGCCAUGUUUAACGUGUUUUUUAAUCUCAACCGCGAUUUUAGCGUGAACUUCUUGAUGCUGUGGAUAAUAAUGAAUCAGCAGUGAUAGUAGCACCAACAUCAUCAGGAAAGACAUACGCCUCUUAUUACUGUAUGGAGAAAGUACUGAGGGAGAGCAAUAGUGGGGUAGUGGUUUAUAUUUCUCCCACUAAGGUAUUUUGCUUAAUUAACUGGUUUUCAAUUCCUUUAUUUUUAUGCUUUGCUGUUGUUACUGGUUUUUUUUCCCUUUUUUUAUGCAUCGUCACUCCACUUUUUCAUCCGAAAAAAACGCACGUUUCCCCUGCUUGGGACCAGAAAAUUGUAUCUGCGUUGAGACCCUAUACAUUUGACUGCAUGUUUGUCUUUCUUUAGCAAUCAAAAUGACUAAUAUUGUUCAGGUUUUACUUAACUUAAUUAAGUGUUGUCGUUAAUCGUGAGUUAAAGAUGUUUUCGGUUGGAGUUACUUUCAGUCUUAAUGUUUCCUGGCUUAUUUGGCAUUUUAUUUAUCUAAUAUAAUUCCCUUUCAUAUUUAAUGUAUAGGCUCUAGUUAAUCAAGUUGCUGCCACAAUUUACGCCCGCUUUCAUCGUAAAAAAAUGCCGGGUGGAAGAGCUGUCUAUGGGGUAUUCACCAGAGAUUUUCGGUACAACACCUUGAAUUCCCAGGUAACCUUUUAUGCCUAUACUUUUAAUAUGGAUUUGUGAAAGUAAAAAUAUAACAUUUACUGCUUCUCGCUAUUUCUUUUCUUCAUGACAAUAUAAUGUGGGGUGAGCUACACCGUUUUUGACAUAAACCGCUUUUGUUAGCUUCACAAAGCAUAGAUAAGGGAUCCAGUCAUUUCAAAGGGGCAGAUCAACCGAGGCAAGUCCAAGAAAUGUACAUCCAACAAAAUAUUGGGAGACAAUUUCGCAAAAAUGGCUAACCGGAUUUCCAAGAAACUUGGCAAACCUUAUGAAUGGCAUUCGGAGGCCUAACCUCUUUUCAUAUUUUAAACAAAACCGAACAACACUUUCGGAUUCUCUUUCAUUUCAAUUUGUGUAAGUGGUUUUAUAAAAGCUUGUCUGUAACAAGAAAAACCGCGACAAAUGCUCCUUUAAAAGUACUCUAUCUAAACUAUGUGUGCGUACGUGCCGGCUUUCCAUAAACAGGAAGGAAAUGUAUUUUGCAAUAUGAAUAAAUGGGCCGACUGUUUUGACAAUAAAAAAAUUACCCCUGUCCACAUUUUUUGACUCGCUAUAAGGUAUCUCUCAACGAAAUAUGAGGACAGGCAUUUUUUCCAUCAUGUGCCGCAAUUUUUCGAUUUCACGUGGUCUCCAGAAAAAUUCCCUCUUAAGGUGACUCGACCCAGUUUUCUUUGGGGGGGUACCAUCCUACUUUGAAGCUCUCUGGUAUCCCCACCUUUACUUUUAUCGUAAGUCUAACACAUAGAAUGGAUAACAUAUAGAUCAAUCUACAAUAUAACAUAAAAUUUUUGGCGAUCGGAGUAAAUGUCACGUGGUUAUAAUGCCACGCCCCUUUGAGGUCUGAGUCGAAAAUCUGCUGUUGCCGGCAUUUUUUCGUGAAAAUCUCUCGGCUACACAUAGUGCGCAUUAGUGCCUUGCGCUGAACAGAGUUUCACCAAAAUCGCAAAGACCCAAUUCGAGAAAUUCAGCGGUUUCCAAAUUUAGGUCAUAAUUUAUGCGAAAAUGAUAAGCAAACUUUACACGGAUUAUAUCUAAUAAACUAUGAGAUUCAUCUCUUUAUUUUGGGCAUCGUUAUAACAGAUGGGUCCUUGCAAGUCAGCAAAACGCUUUAGGGCCUUGUAAAUGCGCGCGAUUUCGAGCAAAGCAAACAUAUAGAAAUUAUAGUUUUCGCUAUUUGUUGACGUUUGUCAGCGUUUAAGAGUCCUUCUCACGAAAAAAGCAUUUUCUUAAAAAUUCGUAGUUUUUUUUCCUUCAAAUUUUUUCAGGGCCACAAUUGAUUAACUAACUACCCGGACUCUGAAUUUCAUGGUCAUUGAAAAACUGUGACAUUAUCUUCUAUAAGCCCAAACUUGAGUAAACAUUGAAGAUUUUUAGCGUUUUGGCUGAGUUUGUGCUUUGGGAGUUGUCUAUUGUUUCUAGUCUGUCAUUAUACAGCAUUCUUGUUCAGCACGCGUGCAAUGACCGCGCUUGGCUGACUUCCGAAUGCUCACCGAGAUAUAAUAAUUUUGGUACAGUGAGACAGGCCAUCGCGUGAUACAUAGAGGUUUAAGUCACAAUUUUUAAUCAAUUCUCGUGCUUCUUGUGCCUUUGCAAAAAAAUCAAGAAGUGCUACACACUAAAUCUACUUACUAUUAAAAAAAUAUCAUUUUUUCAUAGGUUUAAUGCAAGCCAAUAAUUAAACCAACUCGUGACGGGAAUAUCUCGGUGAGCAUUCGGAAGUCAGCCAAGCGUGGUCAUUGCACGCGUGCUGAACAAGAAUGCUGUAUAAUGACAGACUAGAAACAAUAGACAACUCCCAAAGCACAAACUCAGCCAAAACGCUAAAAAUCUUCAAUGUUUACUCAAGUUUGGGCUUAUAGAAGAUAAUGUCACAGUUUUUCAAUGACCAUGAAAUUCAGAGUCCGGGUAGUUAGUUAAUCAAUUGUGGCCCUGAAAAAAUUUGAAGGAAAAAAAACUACGAAUUUUUAAGAAAAUGCUUUUUUCGUGAGAAGGACUCUUAAACGCUGACAAACGUCAACAAAUAGCGAAAACUAUAAUUUCUAUAUGUUUGCUUUGCUCGAAAUCGCGCGCAUUUACAAGGCCCUAAAGCGUUUUGCUGACUUGCAAGGACCCAUCUGUUUUAACGAUGCCCAAAAUAAAGAGAUGAAUCUCAUAGUUUAUUAGAUAUAAUCCGUGUAAAGUUUGCUUAUCAUUUUCGCAUAAAUUAUGACCUAAAUUUGGAAACCGCUGAAUUUCUCGAAUUGGGUCUUUGCGAUUUUGGUGAAACUCUGUUCAGCUUAAGGCACUAAUGCGCACUAUGUGUAGCCGAGAGAUUUUCACGAAAAAAUGCCGGCAACAGCAGAUUUUCGACUCAGACCUCAAAGGGGCGUGGCAUUAUAACCACGUGACAUUUACUCCGAUCGCCAAAAAUUUUAUGUUACAUUGUAGAUUGAUCUAUAUGUUAUCCAUUCUAUGUGUUAGACUUACGAUAAAAGUAAAGGUGGGGAUACCAGAGAGCUUCAAAGUAGGAUGGUACCCCCCCAAAAAAACUGGGUCGAGUCACCUUAAUAUGACGGUACCUAAUUGUAUAAAUCGACAUCUUUGGUUUUCAGAUUCUUGUCACAGUUCCCGAGUGUUUGGAGAUUCUGUUUCUCUCACCUCGCAGACAGGACUGGACGAAAAAUAUCAGAUAUGUGAUCUUUGAUGAGGUAAUGCGCAAAGUAAUUUUUUUAGAAGCAAGCCAUUUUACAUGGUGUUCCUGGAGAUCUUUAUUUAUUUAGCUUUUGAAAUUUAUUCAGCCUACAAAAGGCUUUUUCAUUUUCUUUGAUUUCCUUUUUGACAAAACUAGUGUCAAGCUGCCGAAACACUUUAACAGGUUUCUCGGACCUCUUAGAAAGCGUUUGGUUUUGUUUCUAUCCUUUAAACCUCUGUAGGUCCACAGUUUGGGUCAGGAGGUUGGAGCUGAGGUCUGGGAACAUCUCCUUCUUUUGAUUCGUUGUCCUUUUCUGGCUCUUUCAGCGACCAUUGGAAAUCCACAAGAUCUACUUAAGUAAGAUUAAAGCAUAUCUCUGCUUCUACCUUCUUUCCAGAUUGAACACCAACGUUAUCAUCAUCAUCAUCAUCAUCAUCUUUAUCAUUAUCAUAAUCAAUCCUGAUUUAUCCCAGACGUUAAAGCUAAUUAUUAUUCAUUCAAAAUAUUUCUCCAAUUCUGAUUGGCUAAAAGCACACGCAUAAUUCACCAUAACCAGUUACUGAUGACCAAAUUUGGAAGAAUUUUGUGUUUAACGAGGAAAUGACGUCAAAAAUGUUGCCUGCGUGCAGACGUCUCCUAUUUCCUUUGUUGCACGCGUGCAGCCGCUGAAGGUUAAGGCACCGUUACCGAAAACACCUUGUUUUGGUUGUGAAAAAAAAAAUGGCGGACAUUUCACUCGUUUCAAGAGUAAAAACUACAGCUGGAACUAGGGGAAAUAAUAGCUAAAAACAUGGCAAAGACAGCAAGAAGACAACUCUGAGGACGACAUCUCAGUGCUAUUUGGAGAAUAUUUGCGGAGCUGGACAAACCUAAACGUACACUAUCGAAGAUGAACUUAACAUCGAUGCAGGUAAGCAUGUUUUAGCUAUGUUUUUAAACUAGGAAUUCUUUUGAAUGAAUAAUAAAGCAAUUAAUGAAUUCGGCUUUCGUAGGAAAUGAAGAAUUAAGCAGAUCUCGGAGGGUGUUAUCCACCGAGGCCGAAGGCGGAGUCGGAGUAAUUGUGUACCUAUGUACCUUUUCGGAAGGGUCGGUAUAAUUGUGCUAAAGAAGGUAGUUCAUAACAGUAUGUAAUCAAAUUUGUAGCAAGUAAAAUGACUCAAAGACGGUUUUAUUUGAUAUAAUUGCAGUUGGUUACAGGCCGCUCAAGACUUUCGCGAACAGCAAGAUAAACAAGACAGUGGAAAGCUUAGGAAGUCAUACAGGAUCAAGCUUGGUAUACUUAAUUAUUUCAGUAUACUUAAUCCUUUGCCUUUCGCAGGGGAGCUUUAUAGGGAUAAUGAAAGAAUAUCAAAUUAGACAUAAUAAAAGGUUAAAAAUCCCAGCUGCUUGGAGGCAAACCAGUUGGCUAUUUACAAAACGUGACCAAGGAGAUGAACUCAAGGCCAGGCCUAAUCCACUCGGCCAUGCAUGUUGCCUUGAGAGAGCGUACGCAACCACAAAGGCGACGGCAACGAGAGCGUAAAAAAAAACUGCUUUCACGAACAUCACUGCAUGUGCAUACCCCACUUUUAGGUAUAUUUCCGAAAUAAUUUAUUUCCUAUUUUCUGUCUCUGCUUAACUUAAGUAACGUGUAAAGAACGAUACUCGGAUCUUGAAAAGAACAUCUAUCUUCCAAGUCCCCAAAAUGGAGGAUUUUCUGAAGAGACAAUGGAAUACGAGGAUGGCUACGAUGUUACAAGAACAGAUGAAUUCGUUAGCCUUCAUCCGUGUGCUCAACUCGGAGCCAAACAGGCAAGAUAUUAUUAUGAUUAUAAUUGUCCAAACAAUAACUGCAAAUAUCUAUUAGAAUAUUAAACUCUGGGACCACCAAGAACAGUGGAAUAAUAAAGUCAUUUUCCGAGUUCCAUAAAUUUAGGCUUAGAGAAAACACUUAUUAUUUAAAAAUGAUAAACUGAUUUACACUUAAUUGCAAUAACUUUGUCAUAAGAAAAGCAAAAAAAGUAAAACAAAAAGGCCAAAUAGGAUAUUAACCAUACAAAUUAAAUGUGGAUAUAUUGGUAAUCCUGAAAACACUUUUGCAAUACUGUAGAGACACUUUAAGGUAAAUUGGCCUACUGAUAGAUAUCUUCAAUCUCAUUGUAGAUCUUUGAAUGAAGUGAGUGUGCCUAAUUCAUUCCUACUCAGCGUUUUUUUCAAUUCUCUUUUUUCUAUUUUUCUAUGACAACGUUAUGGCAUAUAGAUGUAUACUGAAACGAAAACUCCGAAAUGGCCUAUGGUUUAUUAAUCACCACCCAGAGAAAACUGCGCAAUAUCAGUUGUUAUUGUUUUUGCAUUCCUUGCUUUGACCAUAACGUAAUUAAAUUAUCAUCCGUUUGAAUUAAUUAGAUUGAAAUAAAAUUUACGUAAUAAUCAUUCAACCUUUUUUCGAUUAAUUAGGACCAAUUUUGGCACUCUUUGAAAUGGAGGUAAUCCAAUACGAAUGGUACAAUAAUGACGUCAUUCCUAUAAAAUAUGACGUCAUUUCAUCAUGAAAACAUCCUUAGAAUUAAGGCAUUUUCUGAUGAGUAUAUACAUAUCCUCUAAGAUACAUUACACUACAAACCAAUCAAAAGGAUAUUUCUUUCUAUUCCUUUGUUGCAGCUUAAGGAGAAUGGUUUUCCAAGUGAUUUGUCUCUCACCCCUAGAGAAACUCUUCAACUAUACGACACCAUGCUUCAACACUGGCCUGAUAAAGACUCCUUGAAGGUCAGUGAAUAGCAGUGAAUUGCAAUGAAUUGGAAGUUCUCUUGGAAGAUAACUUCAGUGAUUCCUUUGCUUGGAUUGGGAACUUGUCACCAGCAGAAGCGAGCUAAAAGCUAAACUGGCAUAGAUGACUUAUAAAUCGUGAAAAACGCGGAAAGAGGAGAGCUGAGCGGGUAGAAAGAGAGGGAGCUCGGUUUUUUUUAUCCUUUCCCCACCCGUGAAAACCUAGUACAGGCUAGAUAAAUGAACAGAUAGUGAGUUGAUUCAUAGCUGAACAGUAGAUGCCUCUUUAGCUAUACAUUCGUACUGAGACUCCCGCUGCUGGUUACAAAAGUAACAGUCUUCCGUUAAGAAGAUGAUCCAGUCAAUCUAUGAACUUAUAAAAAUUCUCUUUAGACUUUCUGUCCACCAUAAGAAAUGAUUAACUUAAGCCCUUAUCUUUACCCUUUUGAAGUAAAAAAAUUUCUUGUUUUAGAGACUUUCUCCUGAGCAAUAUUUCAGAGAAAAUAAGUUCAUUCACAAGAUGCAUGCAAGAGACUACGCAGAGGAACUGAAGAAAGAGUUCAAAUCCUGGACGGAUCACUGCGGACAGUUGAAAAAGGUAAACUUUUCAGAUCUAGUGCUAGACUCUCUCUACGAACGCUCGUUACUAAGACUUUUGGUAAUGAAUAAGAAGUUGGGGCAAGAAAGAUAAUGGCUUUUGAAAUAGGACGUGUAAUAGGUUAAAGAUAAGGAGUCUGUCAUGAGACUAGGCUCAAUUCAAUCAUUAUUCGUCUCUUUAGAUUUUUAGCCUAAACUACUAAGAAUCCAUGGGUAUCAAUACAAGAUGAUGAGAUCAGCUGUGUGAUUGCUUUGUAAAUAGAUAUAAAUUAAAAUAGAGUCCAGCGCGGUAGUUGAUCAAGAUCUACCGUUUCAAUUACAGUUAACAUGAAUAGAAUGAUUGCAUGAUUUUCCAUUUUUUUGCUCGUAGAAAACCUCCAUUGAGUUACGGCGCAUUGCCAAAACGUUCUCUGUUAAUUAGCGGCGGAGCGCGCGCCGCGUAGGUCCAUAAGAAAUAUAAUAUGGUUGUCUAUUCAUCCAAUAGAAUGUGGUAGUCCUUCCAUCCACCAGUCUGCAUCAUAGAUAGACCAAUGUGUAAAGUCACACUUACUAGCUUGAGUGGAAGCCCGUGGAAAGGAAAAGGGAGUUAGGCAGAAGUUAACAUAUUUUUAAUACAGAGUACCCUUCACGAGUUAAUGCUGAUUUUAAAAACUUGAAAUGGUUUUAGGUGGUCAUUUAGGUUUCCCAAAAGAGCUUUGAGGUUAGGGCCCGAGGGGGUACUCCCGCGAAUUUUGGAUAGGGGUGUGCCGCGAAGGUUCGUGAACCCUAACCCUAUUUAAGGACUAAGAAAGCGAAAACUGAUACCUUUUUAAGGCCCAAAGCCGAAAAAUGACACCCUAUUCAAGGAAAAAACAAAAUUAUUAAUAGCAUGAAAAGGAAAACUUUAUUUCUUCUCUGUAACAUUGGAUGUAUAGCAUCAAGCAUAAAAUACUAGUUUUCACCCCCCAGAAUUAAAAAAAAAAAUUAACCUCCCCCAUCUAAGGACCCCACCAGGGACACAAAAAAAAAAGGGUCAAAAAAGAUCCCCUAUUUAAAGACCGAGAACCCCAAAAACCCUCCCCUCUUCCCCGGCCCGGCCCCUUAUAGCCCAAAUAUGGGAGUACCCCCCCCGGGGGGGGGGGGGUUAGGGAAAAGGAAAGGAAACACACGCAUUUCUCCCUCUCCUUCGUUCAACCGUCUUCAAACCUUCACUUAAACACUCUUGGCCGGUUCUACUGCGAAGUCUCAUUUGGUGGUUAAUUAGCGUUAAUUAGCGAUGCUUCCUUUAAAUCAAUAAGGCAUGUGUAAACUCCACUUUUGGUUAACGGUCUAUUUUAUUCGUCCCUUAGGUGAAGUCCGUGAUUGACUCCCUAAAUUCUCUCUGCUUAACAAAAAUGACUUCGACUGAUGAAGAAUGGAUGGAACUAGAUAUGGAUUCCUCAGGAAAAAAGUUCAUUUUGAGUAACUAUCUAAAGCUUAUUGAACAACUCAAGGCACAAGAUAAACUCCCAGCCUUAGUGUUUAGGUAUUAUUUGGCGUUACUGUGACCUAUUUAUUUUAGAUAAAAUAUGAGAGACACUUCUGUAUGGGUGUUUACAAUGGCAGGCCGAAGGUCCUCUAUCGUCAUUUUUCGACAAAAUUGCAUUACAAUAGCGUCAAAUCCGUAUAGAGUCUAUACAGAUUUGACGCUAUUGUAAUGCAAUUUUGUCGUGCACUUCUUUAGUUAAGUCGUUUGUUUACUCAUGGUAAUCAACCCAGUUGGUUUGUAUUGGGAAAUUGAUGAGUUGUAUGACACUAACUAAAGGACCAUUGAAAGGGAACUAUAUUGUUUGAAGCAGUUUGGUGGAAGGCCAUCUGAGUCAUUCUUUCAGUUCCAGAAAAUAUUGUUAACAAUGGUCACUUUUGUUUGCUUUUUGUUGUAUAUUUGUGUUAGCUUUGAAAGAAAACUGUGCAGAGACCUAGCAAUGGGUCUUGCUAUGCAAUUUGAAGAAAGAGAAGAAGCUUUGAGGGAAAGUACAAGAAAACUUGAUGAGAAGAAACGUUUACAGGAUGAAAAGAUGUCGAAAAGGACCAGAGAUGCAACAGAGAAAGAAAAAGGCAAAAGGUAGCGUAACAAAUUAGCAUUGAAUUUUACCCGGUUGUAGGGUAAAAUCACCCUGCAAGCAGAGCGUUGCUGUGUCUUCCUCUUGACCGAGGACGAGAACAGGAGGCUCGCUCCGCGUGAAUCGCGUCAAGCCUUUAAAGUAUUAGUCUCCCUCGCAGCUGUUUUUGAAGUAGCCGCAGCCCGAACUUCCAGACUAGGCCAAUCCUGUUUUCUCUUGUCAAACUGGUUUCGAAUGCGAGCAUCCCUUUAUUGAUAAAUAAAGGGAUGAGGAAUGAGUCCGCUGUACCAAGCGCACGGCUAUUAGGCCUGGGUUCGAAAUUGUAGUCCCGCAACAUGCGGCCUAUACUCAACAAAGAUCUUACUCGAUUCCAUGCAGAGUCUUCCUCGAGUAAGCGAAAGAAAGGCUCUGGCAACAGAAAAUGUAACUUCAACAUUUAUUGACGAAAACCUCUACUGGUGUGAUUUUUACAUUAAAUCUCUUUGUAAGUACUAUUGCAUGGUACUAUCUGUUUUUAAGGAAUUCUCAAGUCGAAAGUUAGAAUUUUUGUUGAAUUUUAACUUUCGGACCUGUUUGGUUUAAAUCUAUGAAAGAAAGCUUAAAUUUAACAGUAUUUUUCGAAUCUCACCAGAACCAGCACUCAGCGAGAUAAACUAGAAGAAGCACAAGAUGAGCAAAAUUUGACAAACUUGGACGAACCUCUACCGAACUGUACAUUAUCCUUUACCCAUGCAAUUGGAAAAGAGGUAGCAAUUUUUUUCUAGUUUCAUUAUUAAUCAUUUUUAUAGAUUUAAGAGCAUUUCCUCUUAAGUCGCUAGAAGCAUUUAUAUGAAUAAGUGAUGAUUAGAAAGCGACGUUAUUGUCGCAAGGUGACAUUUACCUACGAACUUCCUCGUGGCACGAAGGCUUUUUUCUUCCUUUAAUAUUCUCCUUAAGUAAGAAAGAGAAAAAAUGUCGCUUGUUACCAGAGUACGAUUCAACAUUGUCUGUCGACUGCAGAGUCUGACGGCAUAGGUACAAGCCACUUUUCUUUCUAAUUCGCUACAAACUUGUCUGGCGUUUUAAUUUGUUGUCUGUUCAUUUCUGUUUUCUUGUGCCACCAUUUUUCACGACGUUUUCACUACACCUGCAGCGUUUGAAGCAGAUUAUGAACCGUAUCUGGAUGAUGAAAAGUAACCACCCAUUUAAGGCUGCUUUGAGGCGAGGAAUCAGCUUCCAUCAUGCUGGACUGAACAAGAAACUGCGCUCGGUCGUAGAGAUGCUUUUUAGGGAGAAAUAUCUUCAGGUAAAACAGUAGCAUAUCAGGAGAGGGGAUACUCGUUCAUUGCUUUCACUUACAAAGAUCAGUUCAAGAAAAUACAAAGGAAAUGAAAGUUUAAUGAAUGUUUGAAAAUCAGAUGAAAAACUGCUCAUUUUGCAUCCUUAAUUUCUCCUUCUAAAAUCAUUUUGUUUCAGAAGAAAUAUCAAGCAUUCGACACAGUGCGUGUUUCAUCACCAGAUGAAACACCUCGAAGUUCAUCAAAAAUACACUGCUGCACGUCGUAUUUUCAACUUUCUUCUCAGAUUUUACUGAUCUGGUGAUGAAACACUCUGUCUAAUUCUUGAUAUAUUACUUAUAUCUCAACAAGAUGAAAAUGUGACUGGGGCUUGACGCACCUUACGUUCAAAACACGGCGCCGUAACUUUGAAACGCACGCGAAUGUUAAUAGCCUGCAAAAGCAGACGUAUUUCAGGUCAUCGCGUCUCUCCACCCGAAAGUAAGGUCUGCAAACCCAAGCGGCCAAACGAUUUCUGUGACGAAAAAAACCUUUUGUUUUGACGUUGAGCAAUCAGAUCAAUGGACAGAGUAAAGCUCGAGUGACUCUUCGUGACCUCGCGAGCUGGCUUGUCUAUGAUUUUGGAGAGUUUUUUAAAUACUCUUUGGAACGUAAAUUUCACAACUAUAACAAGGUUUUGUGCGACGUUGAAUGCUGACUUCUUUACGUCUGCGUUCACAGGCUAUAUGUUGGACUUGUCCGUUGCACGUUAUUGAACCUCGAAAACGAGUCUGGGACAAGAAGUAAGAUGCGAACCAUUUAUAGGAGCUGUUCGUGUCUUUUGUAAGACAUGCUCGUAUAAAUGCUACAAUUUGCGUCUUUUGAUUUUAACCGUUUAGGACUCGUUUGAGAUGUAAGACGCCUCUUAUUUUUUUUUCUCGUAAACAUGAAUUAAAGUCUGCUGUUCAUUCUGGGUCUUCAGGUCGUCUCGGCAACAUCUACCCUUGCCCAGGGUAUUCAUAUGCCUUGCAAGACUGUUGUGUUCGCUGGAGAUUCUCCGUUUUUAAACUCUCUGAUGUAUAGACAGGUAAGUAGGCGAAGAAGACAAACAAAACUUAAAAGUCAUUUCAGUAAUGGUUUAAAAGGUUUUGUCACUUAAGCACAGAUGACUGAAAAUUGGUCCCCCAUGCAGUUGCCAAUUCCCAAAACUGGUUUUGUGGUAGGUGCGUUGAACUGAAAAAGUGAUGGCCGGUAGCGCGCAAGUACUGUUCUUUGCUUUUUCAUCUUACAGAUGUCUGGCAGAGCUGGCCGUAGAGGGUUUGACCCGGUGGGUAAUGUGGUGUUUUUUGGAGUUCCUUACCGGAAGGUUCAACGUCUCAUGACAGCUAAUAUACCGGAGCUUGUCGGAAACUUCCCUAUAAACGUUUCCCUUGUUUUGCGCCUGCUUCUGAUGACAUCAAGAGGGGACGACAAGAAAGAUGCGCUUACUAAGGUAAGGAAGUGAAACAGGCACUCAAGCCUUUAUUAUACCCUGAAGUUUAUAAUUUAAAGGGGCAAGUGUCACUUAGAAAUCUAACCAUGUAUGUAAUCUCAAAAUACGACUUAAGGUUUUCUCAAACGCUAUUAAAGGAGUCCUAACGAUCCCCUUAAAAGCUAAGUGACAAAAUAUAGGCUGAUUAAAAGUGAAUUUAGAAAUUUUAAUAAAAAACACAGCAAAAACCUCUCUAUGUUACGGUUUGACUUAUUGUGACCGUUAUUAAUUUGUCUCUAGGCAUUAGCGUUGCUUUCUCACCCAUUCAUCUGCCAAAAGCAUCCCGAGAUGAAAAGCCAGAUCAAGAAACAUUUUCUAUUCAGCGUCGAACUUCUUGCCAGAUUGGUGGGUAACUUGUUGAACAUAAACGUCGUCUCCCCCGCACCCCAUUUUUGCGUUUUCAAUGUUAACAGAGGGGGAGUUGUUAGAUAAAUGUCAUCGCUGGAAUGGCACACACGGUCGUAGACAUGAGAAUGUAGGCUAGAUGUUAGGUAAGUAGAGGGGGGAGGUUUAUAAGGUAGUAAUUGCUCUUGCGAAUUAAGGGCUGUUAUGCAUGGGGCCUUGGGUUAUAGCUUGAACUGGGAAAUAACAAAAGCAUCGAACGCUUUAUAACGAUUUUUGGAUGGGCUAAAUCUUCACUUUCUUCGUCUUUGUUGCGUGUUCCAUCUCAGGGCCUCAUUAACAAAGACACUGGAGCGCCACAAGAAAUGGCUGGACUCGCAACUCAUCUUCAUUACCACGAGCCUUCCAAUUUCGUUCUAGUUAGCUUUCUGCAACGAGGCCUCUUUCAUGAGUUUUGUGAACCGGACGAAAAUGGUAAGAAAGCCAUAGCCUUUAAAAGUGUAUGACGAGGUCCUCUAGAAGGUCAGUCUACUCAGUGUAGUCUACUCAAGGCUCUAAUUAUACUACUGGGAUACGAUUAUGCAUUUCAUAGGCGCGUAACAUACUAGAAGAAAUGUCUAACUGGAAACAAUAAUAAUCAGAAUAACUAAUAUGAUUCAUCAAUAUAGGGGUUACAUAUGUGGUAUGCACAUUUUAAAUAUCAUUUUGUCUCCAAAUCAUUAUUACAGGAAGGUUUUCAGAAGACGUCAUGAGGAAAAUGGUUCUGAUACUUAGCCAUUUGUUUGCUCGAACAUUCCUCCAUGCUUCUUACAAGCGAAGGCUUUCCCUUUGUUCAACUUCAAAGGUACAAGUCCCAUCAUCAACUACGGGAGGGGUACCCGCUAUAGAAGCCAAAUGAAAUAAAAUGUCGCGGAUGAGAGGAAAGUAGACGUGUCCUUUUGACAUAAUAUAUUAGGGACCUUAAGAUCCAAGGACCGCCUCGAUGGCAGCGAAAACGUCGCCUAAAAAGUGAAUUUGCAUUCGUUUGGUCUUUUUCGCGAUUGUACCAACACACCACUUAUUUUGUCAAACGAAGGCGAACCCUCCUGGAGUUGAAUUCCUAGAGACAAUAUCCAAGUUCAGAAAGAGAAAUACUAUUUCGUUGUCGCUCGUUUACGUCCUCCAUAAAACGUAAAAUUGGGCAAUUUCACGUCCUAGUCGUGCAAAAACGGCAAAGAAAUGUACAUUAUUCACGUACAAAGAUGUUUUUUGCCUACUAAACCUUUGUUUGGACGUUCUCGUUGCCGUCGCGCAGUCGGAUCUUGAAGUCCCUUUUAACAGGUUAGCAAGUCAGCAUACAAGGGCGCCACUGGCAGCCGCUAUCAGUCCAUUUAUUAGCUAUGAGCUUACUAUAACCCACCAAGCCCAUGAUUUGAAUGAUGUAUGCAACGUAGACCAAACCACCGGGAAAACUUCCCCUACUAAUUUCAAACAGUAAGGUGGGUUCCUUUACGUCCUCUUCGAAUUGACUCAUGUGAGAACGAUAAAGGUGACGUGCAAGGCCAACGGCUUGACGUCACCCCUAAUGACGCGAUCAUCAGAGCCAGCAUUAUUUUAUCAUUUUUUAAAAGAUCCCUGGUUGGUGUGGCCCGGCCGGGCUUUGAACCCUUGUCCUCUCACUCGAAAAACCGGCGCUCCUCUAACCCCUCCACCCGGGACAAGUUUUCUCCACAUAAAAGUCUAAGAGGCCUUAGUGUUAAGGUUUCUUUCUUUGUGUACGCUAUUUCAAUUUGAAAGUUUACCCUCGCUUUCGUGUUUAAUUUUCUUUAUUGGAAAGUAAUUAUUCCUUCAAUUGGCGUUAAUUCAAAUGCCUUAAUUAACACAAGCGUAAAUUUCCGGUAACAAGGCAAAACGUUUCAUCAAACACGUAAAAAUUUACAUAAUGGGCCUUACAUUAAAUUCAACCUAACUAAAUUAUAAAAAGAUGUUAUUGGUUUAGUAUCAAGAAGUCUGUACAGCGGUCUCUCCUCGCUCCUUUUCCAACAGGUUAUUUUGGAAGAUCUUCCUCAAGAGUUUGCAGAAGCUCUUCAAGAUUACAAUGCUCAGGUUACAAAGGUUUUCGGCCAGUAUUUAACCACUGUUGCUACAGAGCAUGAAAGGCAACGAGGAGAGGAGAACAAACUUCCCUUGUCAGGAAUAGGUAAGAAAGAAAAAAAUCCCUAAAGAGUGGACUGUAAGUAGGAUAGACGGCUCCGCUUACUCCUGUUUUUUGCGGUUGAAUCUUGUUAAUUAGAAUCAAUUAACGCCGAUGACAUCAUGAAAAAGCAACUCAGAAAGAUCGCUUCAUUGAUGGUCUUAGUUUAGUUAAUUUAUUGAAACGAAGGAACAAGCGCUAACUUACAUGCCACCUUUUGCCGCAUUACUUGUCUAUAGUUUGGGUUCACUGAUUCUUGGCGCGCAAAUUGUGCAUAUUACCUGGUCAUUCAUUAACUAAACAUAUUAAAUUUUCCUGAAUUUUUUUAACCUUUCCUCUACCUUUCAAUUAUUUCCUUUCUCCUUGAUUUUUAUUUUCUUCCCUCACCACCACCUCCACAUUCCUAUUGUCCUCCCGCCACCACCUUCACAUUUCCAUCGUAAACGAUGACCAAAUCUUGGCCUUCUGGAUGUGUGCUUACCCAAAGUUCGACUGUAUUACGAAUAGCUCAACAAACCCAGGGUCAGGUCCAAUACAAGCUGACAAUCUAACUCAACUAAAGACCUCCGAAAAGAACGUAAUACAAAAAUGGAGUGUGGCGCAAACCAAGAAAAAGUUCAUUGAGACGAGAAAAGUGUUAACAAAAAAACUCCGCUGAUCGAUAUUGAUGGUAUAGGUGAAACAUCGAGUAAAUAAUUCGUAAAAACAAAUAUUAUACGCAUUAUGCCAAAAGAGCAACGUUCACGUGGAAUCGUCCCUCAAUAUAACCAUCAAUCCCAUUUGACGUUGUAGAGUUCCCAGAUCAAGCGAGCAUUAACCUAAUUGAUGAAUUUGGCAUUAUCAAAUCGCUUGGACGCUCUUCUAUUAUGUACUCUGCAAGCUCGUCAUUUGCUGCACUAUCGGGAAACUCAGACUUGAAAUUGCCUUCUUCAAGUCAAGAAGAUGAGGAAGACGAAGAGGAUGAAGAUGAUGAUGAAGUGGGAGCAGAUACGGAGGACGCAAGCUCGGACACCACAGAGGAGGAAACAAGUGACAGUGACGAAGAAAGUGAUGAAUUUGAAGAUGAAGAUAAAGGAGACGAUGUUGAACCCAUUGACCUUUUGCUAAAGGUAAACAAUGCAUGAUUUAUCUAGGAUCAUUUAUGACAUUUUCACCUUCACGAAGAAGAAACUUAUUCCGUACCUUUUCAAACCUUUUCAGUGUAUCUAUUCUCUCAUCUCUGGUCUGAUCAUAUUCUUUUUCGUUUAGCCCACACAGCUUGAUUCCAUUUUUUUCUUAAUUUUGCUAAUAAGAUUCACAUAAAUGCUUAUUUGUAAGCGGUUAGGAUUUCAUUGUGGGGCAAUGAUCAGAGGUUCCCCACUGAAGCCUUCUAAAAAUGCACCCAGCUAUCAUCGUACAGACCACAGGGAGUUCUCUGGCACCAUUGAGGGAUGCGCAGUAGUCCCAGUAAAACUCUGCUUACAUCUCCUACAACCUUCUCGUAAUACUCGUACAGCUUGUACACAGAACGGGGAACUGUGAGUGAGGCAGUCAUCGAGAUGUUUCAAGGUAUGCAGCGAGAAUUAAAUGUUUGGCGAUAACCAUGAAGUCCUUCAGUAAUGCCAGGAAAGUGGAACUAGCAUCUAGUUAUAAAAUAAGACAUGAACGGGAAAUUUCGUAAUGUUUAGCCGAGAAGAAUUUGUAAGGAGUUCUAGGAUUUUUCCAAGUUGGAUAUACGGAUAAAAUGGUGCAUAUGGCUACCUCAUAAUGAGUCUCCCCCACCCCUCUUGCUACGUAUAUACAAUAAAAAAGGCUUUUACCUUACAGAUUGUUCGCCAAGAUGUAUACACAGACAUCAACGUGGUCCCAGUUCUUCCCUUGAGGAAACACGAUUCACUCGGGCGAGUCCAGCGCCUCAAUUCUUAUGCUUUGGAUUUCUUCAAACAUGGAUCUGCCAAAUGCAUUGAGAAGGAAAACAGGUUUGUAACAAGGGCAAUCACAUACAGCAAUUUAGGGUUAUUUUAACUGUCCGUUUACAUACCUUGUAUGCAUUCUCUCAUUAGUUACAAACUGUUUAGUCGUGAAGCUACUACUUUAAAGACACCCCACUUACCUCCACAACUGCAGAUUCCAACUUUCAUCAACGGAACCCCAGAAGUAAUCCCCAAAUGUGAAUGUGGGAUGUAUGGGACAUUGGAUACUUCAAAGCGUUAUUUUGGUGAACGUAACAAGGGUCAGCUCAGUCGGUAGAGCGCUGACCUGUAGAGCGUGGCGGGGUGGUGUAAGGGCGGUGUGGAGGGCAUGAAACCCUCGCUGCUUCUAGAAUAUCUCUAUGAAGGCCUUUCCGAAAAAAAAAGGAAAGCAUAAUACUCUAUAGGCAGGCUUAGAGUCACCUGAGUGUUUUAUUACACACAAGAGGAUUUGAGUACAGACACUAGUCGCUUAACCAAUUUGUUCAUAACUUAAAGGAACUUUCAAGCCUAAUGCGUUGGUAUGCAAAUGUCCGUAUUCUAAUGGUCGACAAGUAAGACAAGUAACUUCGUUGCUUCCCAGCCCCCUCCUGGGCCUUUCUUUGCAUGCGCAGUUAUUACUAUGAAUUUUUUCGGAAAGGCCAACAAGGUUUUUGCGUCGCAAACCCAUAUUGAGAAAGGUCAGAAACUCAUAAGUAGGUGAACUUAGCUGCACCUUUUUUCCGACGUCCCGUGCUUUGAUAUCUUCAUGAAACAGUACUUCUCGUGUUCUUUAAAUAAAGAUUAUGAAUGAAUACUACUAGCAGUAUUCAUUCAUGUAUUAAACCGAUAAACCUAUGUUCUUUUGUACUGUUUAUAUAUAUAUUAGUUUUGAACUGCAGUAAGAUUACAGCUAUCUUGUAUGGAAAUGUGCAUACACGGGAAUAGGCGUUCAAUCAUUCUCAUGUUUCUCUUAUAGAAUAAGAGCUGGUGAAGUUUUCAAUGUGUUAAAGGACUUUUGCUUAACCAUUAAAUCAAUCAGGUACGAAUAAACUUUUUAUUAUCCUUUACACAAUCAACCGGUUGAAAAUCUCCCGCAUAUAAAUCAUUCAACUGCUGACUUACACUGUAUGGAAGAAGAAGCUAUUACAAAGAGUAGCCGAAUCAGAUGAAGAGACCAAAAUUAGUACGCGAUGGAUAGCCUCGUGUGUGUCUGAAGUUUCUAAACAAGAAUUUCUUUUCAAGGCUAUUUCCUCAAAAUUCAAUACCAAAAAAAAUGCAAAGAUUAUUUAUUUAAAAACAUCACGUCUUUAUUUGUUCAACCAUAAAUUUUCCUUUUAUAUUUGGGAAGAAACAAUUACAUGCACUCACCACCACAAAAAUUAAUCUUGAUUUGUUUUUCAGUUGUUCAUUAGAAGAGUUAGGACCUGAAAAUGAACCGGACAACGUGGUGCUAGCGUUUCAGCAGUUGGCCGAAGAGUUUGGAGAGCAAUUCAAGAAGCAAUAUGAUUAUGACAUUUAAAUUUCUCCUUGGAAGUUUACUUGUGUGGACUUGAAGAGUG